CUCUUCUCAGCCCGCCGCAAGCCCUCAUCGGCGCGUCGUCCUCUACAUCACCUCCUCGACGCCCCCAUCGAUCCCCUCGCCCGUGUGCUUUUCCUUCUCCCCUUUCUCCCGGAAAACUGCGCCAUGUUUCGAGUUGCCCUCUCACGAACUGCGGCCAUGGGCCUCGCACGCUCAAGCCCCGCGCUGAGCGCGAGGGUCGCCCUCCCUCGCCUGGCUGCCGUCGUCCGCUACAACUCGUCGCAGCCCAAAUUUGACAAGAAGGAGCUUGAGGCCCAGGAUGACCUGCGCCGUGACUGGGAUGCACGGAUCCUCUCGUACGAGGAGCUAAAGCCGAAGACCCAGCAGCCCAGUCCUAAUAAAUACUUGAUUGACGUUCGGGAGCCUGACGAGGUGCUCCAGGGCUCCAUCCCUUCAUCUGUGAACCUCCCGCUUUCCGUCCUCCCCGAGUCCCUCCACUUGAAUCCCGCUGCAUUCAAGCAGAAAUUCGGCUUUGAGAAGCCGAGGCUCAGCCAGGAAGUCGUCUUCUACUGCCGCAGUGGGAAGCGAAGUGCAACUGCGUGUGACGUUGCGAAGCGGAACGGAUACACCAACCUCUUCAACUACCAGGGCUCUUGGCUCGACUGGACGUCCCGGGAAGGUAUCAAGCCCCCUUCGUCGUGAGAGGGCGUACGAAUGUAACAGUUGCAUAGUCGAGCGACGCAUUACAAACUCUGCCCGCUGAAUUCCGAUAUGCGUUCGGCGUUCCUGACCUUAGCCUGUGCACGCAAGCUACCACCCAUCACAUCAACUAUGCUUAGGCCUUGAGUUUGCAGCGCAAGCACACGAAGUCGGACAGCAUUGAGGCAAAAGAUAUGUAUAAC